AUGUCUUCCCAUUCAGGGCGCCGUCCGCACAUGAUAAAUGCCAGCAGCCAAGCGCCCAGGAUCCCAUCUCCCAUGUCUUCCUCGGCCAUCAAGAUCGAGCCUCGUGCGCAGGCGGGCUUCGAGGCCAUGUCACUUCCCUACAACAACGAAUGGGCCCCCGACCACCGCCACCGCCAGUACCAGUACCACCAUCCUCCGCACGGCUCGCACCACCCUCAUCCCGCCGACCCGAGCCAGCCUGGCCCCUCCCCUGGCCCUCGACUGCCUUCUCCGGGGAGCCUCAUCACCGGCGCCCCCAUCGCCCUGCCUCCUCAACCCCCCUCGCCGUCGCCGUCGACGCCUCAGCUUCAGCAUCGACCGAGCGCCAGCGCCUCGCCUCACGGAGCCCGUCGUCCCUCCUUUCCACCCCAGAACGCCAACGCUGCCUUUGCCGGUCAAGGCCGGGACGUGGCAUCCCAGCACGGCGGCCACACCCCCUCGCACGGCCUCCAAGGGGCCUACAUCCCCCCGCCUGCCGCCGCCGGCGCUGGAUUCAGCGGCCCCCACGACGCACGCUUGUUUCAAGGACGGCCACCAACGACGUCACCACGUCCCGACGUCCGGACGCCGUCACGCCGAGAUAGGACCGCUUCCAGAACCGACCUGCCGUCGCUGGACGAACGACCUGGCCGGCCGCAGACAUCAUCAUCAUCGUCAUCCGCUCCCCCUCCGCCGCCGCCGCCGAACCAAGGGCAGCAGCCGCAUCCGCCCCCGAAAGCGCCCGCCAGCAGUCGACAGCCGGCCGAUUGGUCGCCCAUACCGGGAAUGCCGAACCUCGUCGGCGCCGGCCGGGCGCAAGCCCUGAGCGACAUCAAGUUUCGCUUGACGCUGCGGCAACAGCCGAAGGCGGCGCGUGCCUGCGGCUUCGGCGACAGGGACAGGCGCGUCAUCGACCCGCCUCCCAUCGUCCAGCUCAUCGUCGAAAGCCCGCACAUGACGGAGGAGGAGAUCCGGUCGUACCUGCGCUUCGAGAGCUACGUCAUGAACUGCUCCAUAUGCGACGAGACGGGAACGCGCGACGCGUCCUUCAUGCCGGAAGAGUACCAGCACCAGCGCCGGCUCAUGGGCUCCCUCGUCGGCACCCCCUUCGUCGGCCAGGACGAGCACGGCGAGGAGGGAUGCUUCUUCUGCUUCUCGGACCUGUCGUGCCGCACGCCCGGUUCCUUCCGUCUCAAGUUUACCCUCAUCAUGAUCGAUCCUUUGCGGGCGGGCGUCAUCCGUCACUUUCCCAUGCUCACCGAGAUUACGAGCGACGUCUUUCACGUCUACAGCGCCAAGGAGUUUCCGGGCAUGGUUGCCAGCAGCAGCUUGGCCAAGAAGCUCAAGGAGCAAGGCUGCAUCAUCUCCAUCAAGAAGGGCAACGAAAGGGCCAAGAACGCUCGGAGCCAAGACGACGUCUCCGACAUGGACGACGACGACGGGGAAACGACGCAGGGCCAGCGGAAACGACGCAUACUGGGGGACUGA